AUGAGUCUUGGUCGCCCAUUCGAAGUUGAGACAAACUCCGAAGAGACCGAAUCCUGGUUCUCGAGCAUUCUACUGCACAGCCAAGACGCGACGGAGGACAACUUAACCUGGUGGCAGAAUGCAGCAACGGACUCACUUCUCGGUAUCUUGGUGUCUGUCACAGAACCGAUAGUCUCUUCGAAUGAUGAGGCUGGAUUGAAGGCCACCGAGCUGCUCUUCUACGCCGCCAAGAAUGAAGGUGGUGUUACAAUAAGGCCGUUGACUCCUCCUGAGUCUUCGCCCACCCACUCACAUACCCAAGCAGAAGACGAACAUUCGUUCCGAGUCUAUGCAUUGCCACUGUCUUCUCAAUUACUACGCCAGGCAAAGACCGAGCCAACGCCGCCUACAUCUCCCGGAGGCGAUGAGAUUGACAUUGAACCAACAUUUCUUCCACACUACUCGACAACGUCCACGCAAACGGGAGAAGUUAUCAACAGACCACCUGUGAGAAAGCGAAGGAAUGUAAAUGAUGCCUUCGACGAAGCGACUGAAAGACGGCGCAAGGCCCGACGAAAAGGGGGCGAAAGUGUUGCAGCCGCAGCAGCUUCCCACAUCAAGGCUGAAGAUUCUUUGCCGCAGCUCAAACACCGCCGCUCGACUAGCAACGUCUCAGUACCACUUCAGAGCAGGCCCCUUUCGAGGGCAUCCAGCGUUGCUUCGGCCAAACCAACAAGUCUGCGGGAGCAGUCCGUCGCAGCACCCUCGAAGCCAUCCGGAUUGUCUCGAGCUCAGAGUGUUUCGAGUGCCCUAGAGCUGCCGUUUGUGGCUACUGUUGAGCAGAAAAACAAGGAUUUCGUUUCAAAGAUGGUCAUGGCAGGUAUGCGUCUCUACGGCCUCUACCAAAGCAAAUCACGAAAGCCAAGAUCAAACUCUGCGGCAGCUUCGCCAGCGGUGGAUGUCAGUUUCGAAGACCUCGAAGCCGAGAAAAAGAAUGAUGAAGAGUUCAAACUCAUCUAUCAUCAAGUCUACAAGGGAACAUGCUUUGCAACGCGUCAGCACAUAUGCGCGGUGGCUCUCCAACCACACACCGACGCUGUACGGGAGACAGUGGAUAGAUUGCUUGCGGUGUUCUGCACGGAUCCACUGCUACCCAGCGCAGACGACUCUGGCGAAGGAUACACGCCAGGCGGAAGGAAGACGUUUGGGUCCUCGGCUCCACCUCCAGCCUCGAAUCCUUUCAUCCAAGCGGCGAUAUUUGGGGAUCACAGCGCUGCCAAUACGCCCAGUCUGAAACCCUCGAAAAUUGGGGGAGCCCGUGGUGACGUUGGCUGA